AGAAAUAGCAGGUAGAAAAGAGUACAGUUAGACCUAUAUUAGAGAUUUAAGGCAGACCAUUAUAAAUGUCAUUGCUACUCAUAUCGUCAAUUUUGCAUUUGUCAGUCGUAUAUUUCAGUCCUUUAGUUCCAUAUCCAUUGUUCCGCGAUGGAACACGCGGCCUACACAUCCCAGCAGCCUUUGGGACCAGCCAUCUCGUCACGUGUUCGCCGUAUUCACGGAAGUCACGUGGGGUGGAUCAGCGCCAGUACUUGUUGUUGUUGUUAUCAGCAAAAUGGCGUCUGGUGGUGAGGCCCCGGAAUCAUGGUACCUUGCCCUGCUGGGCUUCGCAGAGCACUUCCGCACGUCGAGUCCCCCUAAGAUUCGCCUAUGCGUGCACUGUCUCCAGGCUGUCUUUCAGUUCAAGCCGCCGCAAAGGGUGGAGGCGCGAACCCACCUCCAGCUCGGCUCGGUGCUUUAUCACCACACGAAGAACAGUGAGCUCGCCCGGAACCAUCUGGAGAAAGCGUGGAUCAUUUCACAACAAGUUCCUCAGUUUGAAGAUGUCAAAUUUGAAGCUGCAAGCCUUCUCUCUGAACUCUAUUGCCAGCAGAAUUUGGUGGACUCUGCAAAACCAUUGCUGCGCAAAGCAAUCCAGAUCUCCCAGCAGACCCCCUACUGGCACUGUCGACUACUGUUCCAGCUCGCGCAACUCCACACGCUGGAGAAGGAUCUGGUGUCCGCGUGUGACCUUCUAGGUGUCGGGGCUGAGUAUGCGAGGGUCGUCGGCUCUGAGUACACCAGGGCGCUUUUUCUCUUGAGUAAAGGCAUGCUUCUGCUGAUGGAGCGCAAGCUGCAGGAAGUACACCCCCUGCUGACGCUGUGCGGCCAGAUCGUGGAGAACUGGCAGGGAAACCCCAUCCAGAAGGAGUCUCUCAGGGUCUUCUUCCUGGUGCUGCAGGUGACGCACUACCUGGACGCGGGACAGGUGAAGAGCGUGAAACCCUGCCUGAAGCAGCUGCAGCAGUGCAUCCAGACCAUCUCCACCCUCCACGACGACGAGAUCCUCCCCAGCAACCCCGCCGACCUCUUCCACUGGCUGCCCAAGGAGCACAUGUGUGUGCUGGUCUACCUGGUGACGGUCAUGCACUCCAUGCAGGCCGGUUAUCUGGAGAAGGCACAGAAAUACACCGACAAAGCACUCAUGCAGUUGGAAAAGCUGAAAAUGCUGGACUGCAGCCCCAUCCUAUCCUCUUUUCAGGUCAUACUCCUGGAGCACAUCAUCAUGUGCCGGCUGGUCACCGGCCACAAGGCCACCGCUCUGCAGGAGAUCUCGCAGGUCUGCCAGCUGUGCCAGCAGUCGCCCCGGUUAUUCUCCAGUCACGCGGCUCAGCUUCACACUUUGCUGGGGCUGUACUGUAUAUCCGUCAACUGCAUGGAUAAUGCGGAGGCGCAGUUCACCACAGCGCUGCGGCUGACCACGCACCAGGAGCUGUGGACGUUCAUCGUGACGAACCUGGCCAGUGUCUACAUCAGGGAGGGGAACCGACACCAGGAGCUGUACAGUCUCCUGGAGAGAAUAAACCCAGAUCAAAGUUUUCCUGUAAGCUCGCACUGCCUGCGGGCCGCAGCUUUCUACAUCCGAGGACUUUUCUCCUUCUUCCAAGGACGUUAUAACGAAGCCAAGCGCUUCCUGCGAGAGACGCUGAAGAUGUCCAACGCAGAAGAUCUCAAUAGGCUGACGGCCUGUUCCCUCGUCCUUCUGGGGCACAUAUUCUAUGUGCUGGGAAACCACAGGGAGAGCAACAAUAUGGUGGUUCCUGCCAUGCAGCUUGCCAGUAAGAUCCCUGACAUGUCUGUCCAGCUGUGGUCUUCAGCUCUGCUAAAAGACCUGAACAAGGCUUGUGGAAACACGAUAGAUGCUCACGAAGCGGCACAAAUGCACCAGAACUUCUCGCAGCAGCUGCUGCAGGACCACAUUGCCGCCUGCAGCCUCCCCGAACACAACCUCAUCAGCUGGACUGACGGCCCACCCCCGGUCCCGUUUCAAGCCCAGAAUGGGCCCACCACCACCAGCCUGGCCAGUCUGCUGUGAAGUCAGCUGGGACGAUCACACUGUGAGAGGGUCUCCCAUGCCAGAGAACCUGCAAAACCCUUAAGGGCUCAGCGGUUUGAGUUUCAUCUUCAGUUCUUCCGACAUUAAUUUAAGGUUUGGUAUAUUGUUGGAAUUAUUUGUGGGGGAUGGGGGGGGGAUGUUCUGGUGGCCCAGAAUUGUGCGCUUAUAACGGUGAUAAAGUACGAGUGGGUGAAGAUGAGCAGCACAGCAACCCUACCUCAAAUGGACAGCCCCCCCCCCCCGCCACUGCGUGACAUGGUACGACCCGUUCGUGGGACACCGUCUGUGGUACUGUGACUGAUGGGGAUGGAGGAAACCAACAAAAACAUGGAAGGGAUGGAGCCGGGCUCGCCAGGUGUGAGAGCAUUCCAGCUAGGAGCUCACUCUCAAGUCUGGAUUGUGGUUAUUGACAAUAGACUUCUUGGACAGGAAAGUCAUCAAAACAUCCAUUUGCUGUCCUGACACUAGAUGAACCUUCUGACAUUGUGCGUCAGACUUUUUAGGUGGAGAGCACAGCUUAACGUCACAAACGAGUUGAAUUUUACACCAUAUUAUGCUUUUUUUAAUGUAUGUAGUUAUUGUUGUGCUGCAUAUAUGAACCUGGCUGUACAUCACAGGUCAGUUUUACAAAUUAAUAUUGCUGACAAAAGGAGAUGCAUACCCAUUAUAUAAUUAAUUUAUUUACAUUUAUAUUUUUGUAACUAUAGAAAAGGAAACAAUUUUAGAGUUUUGUUUACCUUGUGACUUGUUUUGCAUAUGCAUGCAAAAGAUUAAAGUUAUUGUGGUUUUCAUUUCCAAGGUUUUAAUAAGUAUUAGCACAACUUGUCAUAAGUAGGACAAAUACUUGGCUUGGCUGUCACUUUAUACAUAUUGAAACUCGUGUGAUUUAAAACAAUCACAUGUGUAAAUAUCUAUGAAAAGCUGUAUGACAUUUUAGUUCAGGAAAAUUAAAUCUUGGGCAUAAUUUAGCUCAACGGUUUGACUUUGUACCAUGUGCAUUAGUAACACAUAGCAUAGGGAACAGAAACCUCCGUAACUGAUCAUCAAGCGCAGGUGCUUGGACCUGCCAGCAGCCGGCGCUGUUGAGUGGUGAUUGAGAAAAUUGCUUGUUCCAUUGAAUCGUUUUGUAAUGUUCGAAGUGACUUUUUUUUAACUAACGGUAGGAAUUUUGCCUCCUAUCAGAUCUGUAAUAAACUUUUCAAGACUUUA